GUCCUCCGUCAGUUUGGAUGUCGCCAGUCCAUCCCCCCAGCUCCGAUCACUAGGGAUGUGGCCCAAUGGGAGACACUCCACCGAGGCCAGGGAAUGACUGGGAGGGCAUAUACUGAUUGGGCCGCCUUUCAUUCGGAGCUUGGGAAGACUUGGGCCGAACAUAGAGAUCAAAAUGUCCUCCCACAUCAGCCGGUGGAUCAGUUCCUAGAGCCUGAGGAGGGUUACAUUGAUUGGUUUCACAGACGGACUGUGAGACUGAUCAGUAACCCUAACAACUACCCGGCGGUCCAACAAGACGGCGACUAUCAGCCAAUGGCCGAGCGGGCAAA